AUUUGGUCAAGUCCUUAUAUAAGAUAUGGUCUCCCACUAGGUUUGCUAGCUACAGCAGGAGCAGUUAUGAUGUUGAAAAGAAAUAAAGCAAAUGUUGUAAAUAAUACUGAAGUAGCUGAAGUUAAACAAACUCCGACACCAUCACAAACAACACCUUCAAUGACUCCUGAACCUAUGAAAGUACAAACUCCUGUUCAAAAGUCAACUCCUAAACCGACUCCAACAUUUAAACCAGAACCUACUCCUCAAAUAAAUCGUAAAACUCCUGCGUUUCCUUACUGA